AUGUCUGGAAGUAUCGUCAUAUCAGCCUCUUAUGAUAAACAAGUUCGUUGCUGGGACGCUGCUACAGGUCGCACAGUCUGCUGCUUCACUUUUCAAGACUCUCAAAUAAACGCCAUCCACUUAGUGUGUCAAACUCAUUAUCUUGCUGUAGCAGGGUUUAAUGUAAUUCGAUUAUAUGACAUGAGUGACGUUAGCUGUGGUAAUAUUAUAGGUUCUCAAGUUCUGCAACAACAACAGCAAAUGGUUACAGCUGCUCCUGGAGGUCAAACUGUGGUUGCCCCACCACCUAUUUUUUCUUUGUACGAGACACAGGGCUGCAUAAAUUUCACAAGCCUUGGCUCAUUUCCUCUACUUCCAAGGAAAAAUGCAGUUGAGGAAAGAAAUUUAUACCAUAAUAACAUUGUGAGUACAGAGGACUCAUCACUUUCUACUUGCGAGCAUGACAAGUCAGUAUCCUUCGCCUUUUCACAUGCAGCAAUAACAUUGAAACCUAAUGAAAAAGAUUUAGGUCAUGCAGCAGACAGCACGCGCGUCAUUUUAUAUGCUACCAGUGAGGAUGGUCACAUUCGUUUUUUUGACGCAAAAGCUCCGAACACAAUGUGUGUCCUUAGGGAUAUUACAACCGGAGCCGCCAUCACGUGUAGCUGCCUUUCACCAGAUUCUCGUUUUUUGCUGACAGGGAGCCAAAUUGGUCAGGUGUCCGUGUGGCAUAUUCCUACGAUCAUCACCAGCAUCGUGCGUGAACAGCAACAACAGCGGUAUCAGACUACUUCUGCCCAGGGAGGAACAUUUACGGAGGUGUUUUCCGCAGAUUCACAGGAGAAUCCAGAGAGAACCGCUGUCAUAGGCAAGUUUGGUAGGCGACCAGUUCAUGAAUUUGCAUUGGAAGGUGACUAUACAUCCGUGCGCAGCGUUUCUAUUGAUCCACUAGUUCGCUGGUUCGUUGUGGCCACAAAUCAGGGCAAGCUGCAUUUUUUUCGUUUCACACAUGAUAUCUCACUGUGCGGCACUAAAUCUACUCAAGGUGUUCAAUCCUUAAAGUCGUGGGUAUGUGGGGAAAGCACAGAAGCAACACUCGCUGCCGUUCCAAGGGCUCCUCAUGAAUCUGCCAAUGAUGAGGGAAACUUUUCGUUCUUUCUGCCGCAUCAUGGUGGGGCUGAAUUGAAGAAUAAUUCUCCGUUUCCGCAGACUAUCCCACGUGAGGGUAUUUCUUCUUCUGCUUUUGUAGCAGAUGAACUUAGCAACUGUCCUAAGUGUUCACCAGACACCGAUGUUGCCACUGUACACCGCAGCUCGCGCACUGCCAAUGCACAGGCUGACAGUAACGCUCGCUUGGGCGAUUUCCAUGGCAGCAGCACUGUAUUUGGUGCAGCUCCACUUCACCAAUCAGAGCAUCACCAGCACCACAACAGCAAUAAUCGCAACAUUUUUUCAGCUUCUAAUACUCCACAGAAACUUGCGAGUCGUAAUGACAGAGUAAAUGUCACACCCCAAAGAAGAACGCCAUCCCCAGGCCCACUUUCGUCAUCACUCGCUGUAAUAGGUAGACUCCAGUUUUCAUUACAAAAAGAGAUGGAAUUCGAAGAGUUUUAUACCUUUCGGGCACACCACAAGUACAUUCUUAAGAUAAGCAUAUCACCUAAUGGAGAGUUGCUGACAACUUGUUGUGCAGAUUACACGGUGGGGCGAUUUAUAAUUCCUGAGAUUAUGCGGAGGAGGGGAAGCAUGGUUGGUGGUGAUACCGUGCAAGUCUUAAGCCCGGAAAGGAACUCAAGUAUGAUUUGCCCUGAACAGCAAACUUGUGCUUUUAAAUUAAGCUUGGCACCUACUUUUCACAAUGAAAUUAAUGACGAUAAUCACACGAAGGAAGCAGUCUCGAAGGUCUCUGAUCCGUUAAUGUGUGUGGACUGUGCGUCAGACGUAGUGCGAAGGUCAACAGGUAAUCCGAAUACUCCUAGUAAGGUUGCUGAGGCAACAGAUAUUGCCCAUGGGAAUGCUUCCGAUGCUGGACCAGGUUUGCAAUCAACACAAAGCCAACAACACCAAUUGCAAAGUAUAAAUGAGGUCGGCACCGAAGGAGUCCUUUUGUCAUCUAACGCUCACGAUAAAAAUAACCAACGUGAAGCGCCGCUGUUAACAAAGGGAGUUGGUGCUUCUAUUGUUAAUAUUUCACCAGCUGAUGAAAUUUCACAUUCAACUGACUUUUGUGAUGAUUCACAUCAUGGUGGGGAUAUGCAACUUAACAAUCGAAAAAAUGAAAACACCAUAUUCCCCAACACACAAGUUAAAAAAAAUGGAUUAGAUUUGUAUUUUAAGCCCUUACCACCGUUAGUAGAUCACAACCGAUGGGUUUGGGAUUGUGUCUUCAGCGAUUGUUCUCAGUUUCUGUUCACCGUGAGCAGUGAUUGCCAUGUUCGGAUGUGGAGCAAUAUAGCCUCAGAUAAACCGCAAUCGACGGUAUUUGUGGGGCAUACCAAACCUGUCACAGCAGUACUGUUGGCGUACAAUUUAUAA